CGCACAGCGUUAACUGAAAUCGCGAACUUUCUCUCUCUAUCUUUGAGCUCCCAGCAAUUUCCGUCGCCAAAAAUGGAAGACUCGGCCGCCGGCAAGCCCAAGAAGAUUGGGCCGCGGCAGUGCUGCAUCUGUAACCAGAAAAGAGCUGCUCUCAAGCGGCCCAAAACCCUAGAACAGAUUUGCAGGGAGUGUUUCUAUGAGGUGUUUGAGGAGGAGAUUCAUCAGGUGAUUGUAGAGAACCAGUUGUUUAAGCCCGGUGAGCGAAUUGCCAUUGGUGCCUCUGGUGGAAAAGAUUCCACUGUUCUUGCUUAUGUAUUGUCCGAAUUGAAUAAGCGGCACAAUUAUGGGUUGGAUCUCUUCCUGUUGUCUGUGGAUGAGGGCAUUACAGGCUACAGGGAUGAUUCGCUGGAAACCGUCAAAAGAAAUGAAAUGCAGUAUGGAUUGCCGUUAAAGAUUGUGUCAUACAAGGAUUUGUAUGGGUGGACGAUGGAUGAAAUAGUAAAGAUGAUUGGUCUCAAGAACAAUUGCACUUUUUGUGGUGUUUUUCGUCGUCAGGCCCUUGAUCGCGGUGCUGCAUUGUUGAAAGUGGACAAGCUUGCUACUGGACAUAAUGCCGAUGACAUAGCUGAAACAGUUCUGUUGAACAUAUUACGUGGGGAUAUUGCAAGAUUGAGUAGAUGUACUUCAAUUGUCACCGGUGAAGAUGGACCAAUUCCAAGAUGCAAACCUUUUAAAUACACCUAUGAGAAGGAGAUUGUUAUGUAUGCAUACUUCAAGAGGCUGGAUUACUUCUCCACCGAAUGUAUUUAUUCACCAAAUGCUUAUCGUGGUUUUGCUCGCGAGUUCAUUAAAGAUUUGGAAAGAAUCAGACCUAGGGCCAUACUUGAUAUAAUCAAAUCAGGGGAGAAUUUCAGAAUUUCUACUUCUACGAAAAUGCCAGAACAGGGAACAUGUGAACGCUGUGGUUACAUUUCAAGCCAGAAAUGGUGUAAGGCUUGUGUUUUGCUUGAGGGACUGAAUAGAGGCCUGCCAAAGCUAGGAAUUGGUCGGAAUCGGGGAGUCCAUAACAAUCAGAAGGACAUAAAACCAAGUAAUGGAACAAAAAGUAUUGAGAGCAAACAAUGUGGGACUUUGGACUUCUGAUAUAUAACCAUAACCUGGAGGUAAUAGUAUCAGACGCCGGCAGUCGCAUGGCCAGCUAAAAACCCGAAUCAGGUAGUUGAAUGCUCUUUGCGACUGUUAAAUGAUGAAGAGCAACAAGAGAAAGGAACAUCAUGUUACCAUUUGCAGAGGUUUGAUGUAACAGUAGUUUUGCGUUUCCUUCUAUCUGGACUGUUUUUUGAAAAUCAAGUAUCCUCAGUGUAUGUUGUUUCCAAUUUUGUCAGUAUAAAUACUAGAAUACAUUGUACUACAAAUCUACAUUGUACAAUAUACUUUUCUCAUUCACGUCAUCCAGUGCUUAAAAAAAAUAAAUAUUAAUAAUAGUUCACAAACGCCUAUCAAGUGAUCAGCACGUGAUUUAUAGUGGCCAUAAAUUGAGGGAGGCCUCGACUAUCAGUCUCGUUUCAGUUGCGAACUUGGAAGCCAUGGCCUCUUCAGCACCGCCGAGCUCACCCCCCGGCGUCCAAAAGCUAUCA